AGAGAGGAGAGUGCGCAUCUAUCGGAUGUCUUUGUUUUUUUACACGACACGACAAGAACCUGGAUUGGGUGGCAUUUCGAGAGAAGAAUUUUGGUUGAUGCCACAUUGAUAUGGAGAGAGAAUAACAAUAAAUCCGAACACGAACUGUGCUGACAAGCAGGAGGAAAGCAGAAGCUUCUUGUGUUUAACAAUGACUCAUGAACACGCAUUAUGACAUAUUUUUUGACACGAUCAAUCCAAGUGCAAUUACUGAAGCCAAUCAUCUCCUAAUCAAUUUCAACAUCAUUUUGUUUUUGCAACAAAGACUUCACGACCUUUUUUAUCUUCUCUGCUUUCUCACCUUAGGGGAACAAUAACAAUAUUAACGUUAACCUAGACCUAAUUUUUGAGAGCAAUCGCAGACAAAACGCUUCAGCGUUACGCAACACUCCCACAAGAACUACCCUUCAAGAAGCAACACUUUUUGGUGACUCUUUGUCUCCGAAAAAACAAAAUGACCGUCGUCGCCUGCGAUCCGACCAGCAGCUUUUUUGGCUUCAUGGGAGUCACAUCAGCAAUUGUCUUUGCAAGUAAUGAGCUCUCCACUAUGCUGCAUGUAUCAUUUUAGAAGUAGAACUUCAUCGAAUUCUCAAGAAACCAACUAGCCAAUCUUAAACAAGCAACUAAACGUCCUCCUCCCGCCCACCACCACCACCACCACCCACAUCAACCCAGAUCUCGAUGCAGCCAUCCUAAGCAUUCAACACUAACACCACCCACAUCAACCCAGAUCUCGGUGCUGCCUAUGGUACGGCUAAGAGUGGUGUUGGAAUCAUGAGCAUGGGUGUCCUCAGACCUGAACUGAUGAUGAAAUCGAUUAUUCCAGUAGUCAUGGCUGGUGUCUUGGGAAUCUACGGCUUGAUCACGUCAGUCAUCAUCAACGAAAAACUCAACGAGCCAGCAAAAUAUUCCGCUUACCAGGGGUAUUCAAAUUCAUAUUCAUGUCCCAGAACUACAAGACUCAUUUACAUGCAGGAUGCGCUGAGCGUCCUGUUCUCAUGUACAUCAUAGCAUCAUUCCGAUAUCGAUGAUGAGAUGACCUCCACCUCAAAAGCAUUUUCAUCAUUACGACAGGUUCGCCCACCUCGGUGCUGGCCUCACGGUCGGAAUGAGUUCCCUAGCAGCUGGUUUGGCUAUUGGUAUUGUCGGUGAUGCAGGUGUACGCGCCAACGCACAGCAGACACGACUCUUUGUCGGUAUGAUCCUGAUUCUUAUUUUCGCUGAGGCUCUUGGUUUGUACGGAUUAAUCAUCGGAUUGGUGGUCGCGUCCGGUGCAGGGAACGCAACAGGUUUGUGCACGCCGUACAGCGGAUAAGAGAUUCUCUUUGGGUUGUACUUAGAGGAGAUUUCUCGAUCAUUUUUUCGACAAACAAUUGUGUACAACAUAGAACAGCAAAUCCAUUUUUUUAAUACCACAAGCAGCACGAAUCAGCCUCGUGUUUCUUCAAGACAACUCCAAUAUCAAAAGUCACGGACUUACAGUUACACCUACUCCAUUUCUUUCACUUACGUACUUUUUCGUAGUUUUCACAUUCACACAGCUUUUCGAAGCCCCUGAAUAAUAUAAAGAUUCUAUGAUCUCGAUUGAUGUUCUUCUUCAAGACCCUGCUGAGAUUUUCGUGACCCCAACAAUAGAUAGAACAACUCACGCUCUAUCGAGUUGUUGGUGCUGACAGGACGAAACAAUAAAUAAGAUAUACGGCGUCCUCUGCUUCAGCUUCCCCUGAGGAAUUGGAUUCUUUAGCCGUCGAGGAGACGUCUGGAAGGGCGUCCACGAAGAAGGGAAUGGAGCCUCUCUGUUCUGUGAUCUUCGUUUUGCUUUCUUCAGCA